AGAGAAGAGAGACGUGCCUUCACACAAUAAACGAAAGGAUAAAGAAAAAGGUAAAUGACAACUUAAAAGUUGGCAUUCGUCCCGGUAGUAAUAUCACUUUCCUCUCCUUUUACUUUCCAAACUCUCUUACUUUUUUAUGUGCGUUCGUAUUUGUACAAGUUAUAGAUCAUAUAUGAUAUUAUCAUUAGGGUUAAUUCAAUCAUGCAGGAUUCAUAUGAAUACAUAUUCAGAUGCACAAUACCAAGUUUCCCCAUUUUUAUCCUUUUUCUACCCACCACAUAAUCUCCUACAAAGACAUGAACAGCAAAGAAGUAAAUAAAGAAAGCAAUAGCAUUGAUUAAACAAAAAAGAAAAAGAUGAGGGAGGGAGGGAGGGAAGACUGGUCCGAAGAGGAGGAGGCAUCUUGACCCCAUCUAAUAAAGCGCGCCCGCCUGCCUGCACGCCUUUGUAUGUCAAAAAAAUAACCAUUAAAUUACUACCCACUCUUCACCUUUCCAAUUCAAACUCCUCCCAUCUCCCUUUUCAUCUUUCCAUUCAUUCACACCACCCACCGCUCUAAUUUCAAGACCAUCAAAAGCUGUAAAUCCCACUCCCCCAUCGCUUAAUUUAUAUUCUUUUCAAGGCAUGGCCUAUUGCCCUUUGCCUCUCUCCCCCUCCCUCUCUGUCCAAAUUUCCACGCAUUCCUUUGCCUUUUUCAAUUUCAACUAUUCAUGGGCUAUUUUUCUUGUAAUGCUGAGUCUGCUAUUGCCACUUGCGAUUCUUACAACUGGGAAUUGUUAACUAAAAAGCAGGGAAACACUACUCACCUGACCAAGAGGCCCUUCCAGAUUGUUGAAUUUGAUUUCUCCGAUCUGCAUUCCGCCACCAAUGGCUUCUCCCCCGCCAAUUUCCUCGGAAAAGGCAGCCAUGGCUCCGUCUUCAAAGCUCACCUCCACCAGAGUAAACUUAUUGCUGCCGUCAAAAAGACCAAGCAAACUCAACCCACCACCGCUAAUCCCGCCGACAACGAGGUGGAGAUUCUCUCCAGAGUUUAUCAUCCCCGCCUCGUGAACUUGCUAGGCUUUGCUAUUGAUCCGAAUCAACAUAAGUUGAUCGUCGUAGAGUACAUGCCGAAUGGCUCCUUGUACGACUUGCUCCACGGCUCGUGUAAACCGCCGGGUUGGGUGAAGAGGACCCGGUUCGCUUUGCAAGUUGCGAGGGCCGUUCAGUUUUUGCAUUCAUCAAAUCCCCCAAUUAUUCACCGCGACAUAAAGUCGUCCAACAUUUUAAUCGACUCCAAAUUCAAUUCUCGGAUCAGCGACUUCGGGUUGGCUUUAAGAGGACACGUGGAGGACGUUAAGGUGAAGUCCACUCCGCCGGCGGGGACACUAGGGUACCUUGACCCUGGUUACCUUGCGCCGGGUGACCUAAGCACCAAAUCCGACGUUUUCAGCUUCGGAAUACUGAUGCUGGAGAUCAUCAGCGGCCGGAAUGCCAUCGACGUGAAUUACAGUCCGCCUUCCGUGGUCGAAUGGGCGGUUCCGGUAAUAAAAUCCGGCAACAUUGCCGGAAUUUGUGACCCAAGGAUCGGGCCACCGGAAGACUCCGAGGCUCUCCGGCUUAUGGCAGUGUUGGCGGCACGGUGUGUGAGAUCCACGUCCGCGAAGCGGCCGGGAAUGGCGGAGGUAUUGGAAUCUUUAAAAGGUGUGUACAAACGAAUGAAGACGCAGUCGCAUAUGUGCAUUAGUCUGGGCCGGCGCGUGGGGCGCGUUGUCCAGGAUUCACGGAUGGUUAAGUAUGAGGCAUUAGACGAGAGCGUGGAGCUGGUGAGGAAUGCGAGGACGGGAAGCAGAAGGAACGGGAGAGUAUCCAGUGCUGCCGGCGUAGAUGUGAGGAGUGAUGUGAUAGGCGACCGUGUGGAGAGGUCAAAGUCAAUUGGCACAGCGAGUGAGAUUAAAUACCUGCCGACGGAUUUGAGUAACGAUCAUAUGAACAGGAGAAGGGCGGGAUUUAGUAUGAAGAUGCCCACGGUAAGGCUGAGAAAGUCAAAGUCAAUGGGGAUUUUGCAAGGUAGGAGAUUGGUUAACAACAAUGGGAUUGGUGGGUCGCAGAGCAUUGGCAGCAGAAAAUUGGAGGAGUCCAAAUUAUUGGUAGAUUUAGGAGGAAAUGUCAAAGGGCAAGAAGCAGAGUGUAGUUAAAUUUAAGUGGCAACUCAAAUUCCACUGCAACAUUUGUAUGAAUACCAUAUAAGUUUUGCAUCAGUUUCCAAGAAACAUUGA